AUGGCGCUCAACGGCAUUCAGUACUCGGAGCGCUACUAUGACGACGUGUACGAGUACCGUCACGUGGUGCUGCCACAGGACAUUGCGAAGCGGCUGCCCAAGGACAAGCUGCUGAGCGAGGCAGAGUGGCGGCAGCUGGGCGUGCAGCAGUCGCGCGGCUGGGUGCACUAUGCCAAACAUCGUCCGGAGCCCCACAUCAUGCUCUUCCGCCGGCCCAAGGGCUACGGCACCGCGCAGCAGGUGGCGGUUCCCAUGCAGCAGUGA